AUGGAGGAAAGGGAGCUACGGGAGACAGAUUUCCCUUUGGAAGUUAGGGAGGAGCUGGGUGAAGAGGAUGAGAUAGAAAGCGAUGCAGGAACGGCUGUGGCAUCUGGCAUUGUGACGCGAGCGGCUGCUGCAAAGGCUAAGGCUGUAAGACCUGAAGUGGUAGCUCCCUUGAGACAGGUGGACCAGGCAGUGCCAGAUCAGCAGGGAGCUGUACAGAUUAAGUCCAUGUUCCAGUAUGUUCCGUUCACUACGACGGAUCUUUUGAACUGGAAGGAACAUUUUGGCCCUUUGACUACUAAGCCGGCUGAAAUGGCAAGCUUGUUUCAGACCAUUAUGCGCACCCAUAAUCCAACGUGGCAGGAUGUGCAACAGUUGUUAGAUACUUUGUUGACUCCUGAGGAAAAGGAGAAGUGGAGAACUGCGAUUCAAGGAGUGUCAGGGGAGAUUCUAGGGCGUUCAGUCUUACAGCCUGUCACGUGUGUGUUUGAGGGCUCAAAGAUUCAACACGAGUUCUUAUUUGUCCCUGAAUGUCCGGUUUCCCUGCUAGGUAGGGACCUACUUAGCAAGCUAGGGGCCACUAUUUCUUUUGAUGAGGGAUGACAAACACUUCAGAUUAAACACCAGCCAGAGGCAAUGUGGAGAUUGAUGGUUAACAGGACUGUGGAAGAGGAGGUUGUGGAUGAGACAUGGAGGGAGUUUGGAGUGCCGGGGCUGUGGGCUGAGGAUAACCCCCCUGGUUUCGCAGCUCACCAUCCCCCUGUGAUUGUGGAAACGAAACCUUUAGCAACGCCUGUGCGUAUCAGGCAGAGAUCUUGCUCCAAGGAGGCUAUAACUGCUAUAUAUGAGAGCAUCCAAAACUAUUUAAAAGCAGGCAUUUUGGUGCCCAUCCAAUCACCUUGGAACACCCCUAUUUUGCCUAUUAAAAAGCCCGAUGGUUCCUUUCGACCAGCACAGGACCUAAGACUCAUAAACUCCAUAACUGUCACGAUCCAUCCUGUUGUGCCCAACCCCUACACAUUGUUGAGCUUAAUUCCUCCAACUGCAAAGUGGUUUUCAGUUGUGGAUUUGAAAGAUGCUUUUUUCAUGAUUCCUAUUCACAAGGCUAGCCAGCCGUUGUUUGCUUUUGAGUGGGAAAAUCCAAAUACUGGGCAAAAAGCACAGUAUACCUGGACCAGGCUGCCACAGGGCUUUAAAAAUUCACCUACCCUGUUUGGAACAGCCUUAGCAGAAGAUUUACAGCAUUUUGUGCCCCGACAGAGGGGUGACACGCUUCUGCAAUAUGUAGAUGAUGUGCUGGUGAUAGGCAGAACUGAAGAGACAUGCUGGGAGAACACAGAAUCUCUUUUACAUCUACUGUUGAAGUGCAGCUAUAGGGUCUCCAAAAAGAAGGCACAAUUAGUCAGAUGGAAGGUGAAGUAUUUGGGAUAUGAGAUUGAGGAGGGGCAUAGGGCUUUAGGCUGGGAGAGGAAACAAGCUGUGCUAGCUAUUGCUGAACCCCUUAAUAGGCGGCAACUGAGGGGCUUUUUAGGUCUGGCAGGGUUUUGCAGGAUAUGGAUACCAAAUAUUGCUCUAUUAGCAGCACCUCUUUAUUCAGCUACAAAAGGAGGUGAUAGAGAACCUUUUGAAUGGGAGGGAGAACAAAAGAAUGCCUUUAGGGAAGUGAAACGAGCCCUCACAUCAGCUCCAGCUUUAGCCUUGCCUAACUUAGAAAAGCCUUUCAAUUUGUAUGUUGAUACCAGGGAGAAUGUUGCCUUGGGGGUGUUAACUCAACAAUUAGGACAGUGGCAACGCCCGGUGGCUUACUUAUCUAAGCAAUUAGAUGGGGUUGCCCAAGGCUGGCCACAUUGUCUGAAGGUUCUUGCUGCUAUAGCAGUCCUUUUACAGGAUUGUAAUAAAUUGACCUUCUCAUGUCCCAUAAGUGUCCACACCCCUCAUGCAGUUCAUUCUAUCUUGGAUAAUAAAGGGCAUUUGUGGAUCAGCAGUCAAAGGCUUUUUAAGUAUCAGGCGAUGAUGAUUGAAAAUCCUCAAGUGAAAUUAGUGGUGUCUAACCGGCUAAACCCUGCCACCCUAUUGCCCACAGAAGUGGAUUCAGAACACAACUGCUUGCAAGUUUUGGAAACUGUAUAUUCAAGCCGUCCAGAUUUAUCUGAUAUUCCUCUUCAGGAUGCUGCCCUGAAUUGGUAUACAGACGGCUCGAGUUACAUGCAGGAUGGGAGGAGGGUUUCUGGAUAUGCGAUUGUGAAUGAUGAGGAAGUGGUGGAAAGUAGUCCACUAGGAGCAAGCUGCAGUGCUCAAGUGGCAGAAUUGUGGGCAUUAAUUAGGGCAUUGGAAAGAGCUGAAGGGGAAACUUUAAAUGUCUGGACAGAUAGUAAAUAUGCUUUUUUGACUCUGCAUACUCAUGGGGCUGUGUAUAAGGAAAGGGGAUUCAGGGAUUCUGCGGGCAAACAUGUGUUGCAUGGACAUUUGAUCAAGCGACUUCUCGAUGCUGUGCAGAAACCAGCAAAAGUUUCUGUGAUGCAUUGCAAAGGACAUCAGCAAGGGGUGGAUCAGGUGGCUCAGGGGAAUAGAAGAGCUGACUUGGAAGCUAAGAAGGAGUGUGUGAAAGCAGUGAAUGAUCUCAAAGCUACUAUUAGGGAUGGGUGGUAUCUUUUGCCUGAUGGACGUAUUUUUGUCCUUCAAUCUUCAGCAUGGGCUUUACUUCAGGCAGCACAUGAAACAACACACAUGGGGAAAACUGGAUUGGAUGCUGCUAUUGGGAGGGAUUACUAUGUACAUGGGUCAGCUGGGAUAGCUGCUCGAGUGGUUUCACAAUGUGGCAUCUGUGCUAAGGUCAAUCCUCGACAAGGGCCCCUACUACCACCUGGGACCAUACCUGUUUCUUACUUUCCUAUGGACUCUGUCAUGGUUGACUUUACAGACAUGCCAAGAUGUGGACUAUACAAAGCUUUAUUGGUAUUUGUGGAUAAAUACACUGGCUGGCCAGAGGCUUUCCCUACAAAGACUAAACAAGCCAGGGAAGUGGCAAGACUAUUGUUAAAAGAACUAAUACCUCGUUUUGGUUGCCCGUCUUUUAUUUCCUCUGAUAAUGGUCCUGAGUUUGUUCAUCAAGUUAAUCAAGCAGUGGCUACUGCUGUGGGAUCCAAAUGGCGAUUUCAUUGUGCUUUUCAUCCUCAGUCCGAUUCGAAUUCUGAACGAAUGAAUCGCACACUGAAAGAGAAAAUUACUAAGAUCUGUGCUGAAAGUCACCUGAAAUGGCCUGAUGCAUUGCCCUUAGCUCUCUACGCUGUGAGAUGUGCUCCACGUAGACAAUACAACCUAUCCCCAUAUGAGCUGAUACUGACGACCUUUCUACCAGAUAGAUCUCUUUUCACCUCCCCUAACACCACACGAUACAAAAGGGCUGAGGUACUAACAGAGGAUUGUGAGUCAUCCCGCACUCUUCUAAAUGCAGCAGAAUACAAUGCUUUGGCUGUCUCAUUAGUGGGAGUUCCUGCACUUGCUCUGAGGGCCCAUGUCAAUAUAAAUUCUGUGGCCUGCAACUUGGCUAAAACUAUAAAUGCCACUUCAAUAGCCUUGUCUGCCAUCAAUCAGGAGAUGAUAGAAUUACGCAAGGCCAUUUUGCAAAAUAGGGCAGCCAUCGACUAUCUUUUACUUCGCCAACAUAUGGGAUGUGAGGCCUUUGAGGGGAUGUGUUGUUUUAACCUCUCAGAUCAAUCCCCCGUCAUAAAUAAACAAAUCAAAGUACUCCAUAAAAUGGCCUCAGAGCUGCAAAUAGAUUCUCUGGGAAAUUGGUGGAGUAGCUUAUGGUCUUGGCUCCCUAUACGCCUUAUUGGAAACAUCAUAAGAGCAGUAAUCAUUUUUAUGGCUAUUCUAAUCAGCAGCUGUUGUCUUCUGCAAUGUACCUUUUCAAUGAUGCACAACAUAACACUACCUAAACGAGUGUCCAUGCUUGCAGAGAGAAAAGCUACAGCUCAGGUUAUGGCUAUGUGGGAAUUCCAGAGACAAGAAUAUAACAACAUAAAUACAUCAGACCCCAGUGUUACGGAAUGA